AUGGUGGAGCACCUGAGCCGUGACCUGCACGUUGGCCAGAAGCUGCGCGGCACGGUCACGGACGUGGGCGAGCAUGCGGCGUACGUGAGCGUGGGCGCGGAGCGCCUGGCCAGGCUGCCACGGCGGAAGAUGUCGCUGGAUGCCGAUCCGGGCGACAUAAGAAAGUAUGUCAAGAAAGGCCAGGAGAUCGACGUUUGGGUGGACAGGCUCGGCAACAACAGAAUUUCGCUCACGAUGGUGAAGGAACUCCUCAACCGAGACCACAGGGACAUCAGCGAGUUCUUCAAAGUCCCCACAUCUCAGUGGAUGGAUGGCGUCAUUAUGUCAGCCGAGUCCAACGGCCCGGGAGUUUUCGUGGAGGUGCAGCCACCCAGUGGGGGCGCUCCUCAGGAUGGCUUGAUAUCGAAGACCGAGGUCAAAGGCUUCCCCAAGCCCGGCGACAAUGUGAGGGUGCGGAUAUCCAUGCUCGACACGGCUAGGGACAGGAUGUUCCUGACAAUGUUGGAGUGA